UAUGAAAGGCUUUAGUCGCUGAAAUCAUGUUACAAAAAGUUGACGUAUUUUAGAAUUUCAAUGUACAGUAUUUAUUAUUUAACGUAGUGUCUGGUUGUGAUGUUUAUGUCAGCCCGAUAUGGGAAAAUUCAGUACUUACCGGUACUUAGAGUUAAAAGAUGAUAGCUCGGCACCAAACAUCAACAUACGGAGUAACAGAGUUCUGAAGCCUCCGCGACGGCUCAAGAAGACAUUCAUUCUACUCAUUGUAGCUGCACUAUGCAUGACAUAUUUUAUGGGUCUGUUCGCGGGCCAGUCACAGUGGUUCGAUGGUCUGGCCAAGGGCCUGGGGUACGAGAGCGAGCGCCACCACGCGGUCAUCAUAGACGCCGGCUCUUCGGGCUCCAGAGUACUGGCGUACAAGUUCCGGGUGCCGUUCACAUUAUUCGGACAGCCUAAUUUAGAUUUAGAGGAGGAGUACUUCGAGCAGUCAAAGCCGGGACUCUCUUCCUUCGCUGACGACCCUGCUAAGGGCGCGGACACAAUAGUGCAGCUAAUCAAGAAGGCGGAGUUUCUAACGCCAGCGGAGAAGAGACGCAGCACGCCACUUAUAAUUCGGGCUACAGCGGGCCUUCGACUACUGCCACAGGAAAAGGCGCGGAAGCUGCUAGCGUCCGUUUCAGAUGCAGUCGGCAAGCUGGGGUAUGACACGCGCGCUGGUAUAGAGAUUAUGGAUCCCGCGGAUGAGGGCAUCUUCAUCUGGUACACCAUUAACCUGCUCCACAAUAUAAUGGAGGGUGAGACUAUGGCAGCCCUAGACUUGGGCGGGGGUUCCACGCAGAUUACGUAUCAGCUGUCCCCACACGAUACACCCAAGUUCCUAGCCAAGGAUCUACACCUCGUGCCCACCAGCUCUGCCAACCUCACCGUAUACACGCACAGCUACCUGGGCCUAGGCAUGUACGCGGCUCGUCACGGCAUCUUCAAAUCGGAGUCCGGCAACGACUCUCUGGACAUCACGUCGGUGUGUGUCGAGCCUAUCGUGUCGGGAGAGAAGUGGACGUAUGCUAAUGUGGAAUACACUAUCAGCGGUGCCUCUCGUCCAGCCAACAUGAAGCGUGAAGCGGCCUUCGAGCGCUGCUACAAAAUAGUUAGCUCAUAUGUCAAGGCCACGCUGGAUUGGGAGCCGCAGAACCCGCCCAAAGGCAAGGUGGCCGCCAUGAGCUUCUUCUACGAGGUAGCCGCCGACGCUGGACUUAUUGACGUGAUGAAAGGCGGCACUAUAUCCGUGUCCGCGUACCGGCAGGGGGCGCUGCGGGCGUGCGGCGCCAGCAACGUGGAGCAACCCUUCGCCUGCAUCGACCUCAGCUUCUGUCUGGCGCUCUUACAGCAGGGGUAUAAAAUCCCUGACCACUCGCCUGUGUCGUUGUUCAAGAAAGUCAACGGGCACGAAGUCUCCUGGGCGUUAGGGCUCGCCUACACUUCCAUUGUGAAUCGCCUCGCCGAGACCAAAGUGUGAACACGCCCUAAGUAUUCAACCUAGCCCAUUGGAUAUGCGAAACGUGGUGGGGGAACUAAAAGCGUAUAGACCUUUGUAGUCUUAAAUAUUUGAC